AUGGCAUCCGCGCUGGUCCUGAGCAGCUCGGACGAAGAGUCUCAGUCAUCCGAAUCAGCGACAGCGUCACCGGAGCCGACAUCGAAACCGACACUGGUCAUAGAAAUCAGACCGCGACCGAAAUACACACCAGGAUGCGGUCCAUCGCUACAACCGCUGAGGCUGCUGCCGCCCGCCUCAUCCAGCGCGUACAUCAUCGAACGUAUCCUCUUGCCUUCGCCCGGUCUGGCUGUUGACGGGAAACCAUUGCCAAAGCGAAUGACGUAUAUAGUUGGCUGGCACGAUCUUCCCGCCGCGAGCCUGCUGGUCCCAGCUAUGGAUAUUCUCGACUACGUAUCGCCCAGAGCCUUGGAAGAUUGGGAGGAGACCCUCGAGGACGAAUUAGACCAGGAACGGAUUAAACUGGCAGAGGAGAGGAAGAUUGGCCUCGGCGGAUUGAAACAGAAACACAAAGCCCGUCCCCCAGCCCACACCGAUAUCGAGCCAGCCGCUGCUAUCGAGUCCGAGACCGAAAGAGGAAACGUCGUUCGUCCUAAGAUGGGAGCGAUGAGCUUGUCCACCCCGCAGAAGCGGAAACUGGCAGACUUUGAGGGCCUCUCCGACAACGAAAACAGCCCGACAAAUCAGCUUGCCCGCGAGAUAUUUGGGGACGAUAGCUGUGAAGACUCUUGGGAUGCGCCUUUGGCCAGAGCCGGAAACGGGGACAUGCAGAUUGAAUUUAUGAAUGACACGGUGGACAGCGACGCCGCACAGAGACCUAAGAGGGAAAUUAUUAAUACACCUGUUCCCUUGCCGUCGUAUAUAAACCGGAUGCCAGGAUAUGAGACCACCUUCAUAGAACCGAACCCAGCAACAACCCCGAUAUUCAAGGCAGGCGACGCCUCACGGGCUCCUGACCACGCUGAUUUAGUAGCAUGUGUAGAAGGCACCGCUUCUUCCAGUGCUGCCGGCCUCGAUGGCCUCACCGGUAGUUUAAGCCUUCCGAAAUCGUCCUACACACGAGAGUCAAAUGGGGACCAUGCGGCAUGCGCGCCAGCCGCCGGACUAGCUGAUAGUUCCACCCAGCAGUCGACACGACCCAAAUCCGCCAAAAAGAGGCGCAAAGAAUCACCGAUCGCUACCAAUCAGUCAGAGAAAGACGGAGAACCGACUUGGGAGGUUGAAAGGUUGGAGGAUAUGGCAUUUUACAAUGUCGAAGGUCAGGGGCUCGUGAGAUAUUUCUUGGUUCGCUGGUCGGGUGAUUGGCCACCCAACCAGCAAACUUCGUGGGAACCGGAUCAUCAUCUUCCACGGAAACUAAUCCGAACCUUCACCAAGUUGGACAAGAAGAGUAGAGCCAGGCUUCGCCGGGAACGAGAACCGCCGGAAAGCGUCGCAUGGGGCGACGGGAUUGCCACAUAUAGCUCUGUCAACGACAUGGCCCAGGCAGAAGACCGAGGAAACGACCUGCUUCUUGUUGACACACCGCAGGGAGUCGGUGAAAAGGACGGCUUAUUCAUCGAGGAUGAUUUAUGA